CAAGUCUAGGAUUUCCCCUUCAGAAUUCGGUUGAAAAUCAAAUUUGACUUUACGGUAAUUUGCUUUUAAAAAGACUCGCAACGUCUCGGCAACAGAUAUCGUCGUGAAAUAAAACAGUUUCUUUACGCACUCAUCUUUGACGAAAAUCAUUUUGUGGUCGGUUGGACAUUGUAAUUCAUUUUCAUCCAUUGCUGGAAAUCCGAGAUAACACUGAUGCUCCGGACAAAUAUAAUGCACGCAAUAAUUGGACAGAUAUCCAUUGAGCAAUUUUGUAAGUUUAAACCACGAAUCUGGGAAAUCCCUGUUAUCAAUUGGCAGAACUAACGCGUCUUUCUGGAAUAAUCCAAUCGUGGCUUGCCGGGAUAAAUUAUGACGUCGCGCAAACGUCAGCUGAAUCUGGAUGUAUUCGCCGAGUGACAUGGGCGAGCCUUCAAAGAGCGGGGCGUCCAAACGCUCGUGUCCCAGUUUGGCAGGAUCGCUAUCACAAUCUCCAUUUUCCAAGUCUUCGGGCUCUGUUUCUGAAUAGCUGCUAUUUGUUUCGCUAUCAGAUACAUCGUUUGAAUCGGCAGAAUCGUCGCUUUCGUCGGAAAUCCAAGGUUGUUCAACAGUAGGUAAUAAGUUGUCCAGGCAAUGCUCUCCGCCUGCCACAAGCUUUCUUUCCCGGCUCUUUUCGAUCUGGCGCUUCUGCCGUGCAGUGAUCUCCUUGGAGGGAUCAUGAAGAUGGGAAUUAUAAUAAACUCUGGGUCGUUUACUCAUUGCUCUGGGAAUUCCAACAUGAAGUUUCACAAAUAAUACAACUUACAGAAUACCAAAGAAUUCACAAAUUACCAAAUAUAAUUUGAAUUAUGAAAACGUCAUCGCGAAGAUCGCCUCUCUGUUCUGAUUGGUCGCAUCAAUUCAAACGGUUCAGAGGUUUUGCUGCAAGCGUUCAUUCGCGUUCAUUUAAUCGAGCUGACAACGGAACGGUUGCAAACGUGAAUUAGUUGUUCCAAGUUCAAGCCACAGUAACACGCUUAUUUCCCCCCUGUUUCUUCCUGAAUGCGUAUCCCAUCCCAUAUUUUGGUCAUUAAACAUGUCGGAUUCUGACGAGAACGAGAAUCUGGAAAUCCAAGAAAAGAACAAAAGCAGGAAAACGAAUAAACCACCAACUGAGAAAACCUCCGGUAAGCGCCCAGCUCGUCCUGUUAAAGAGCCAUCCAAGCUCAAAGGCUUUGCAGUUUCCGUAACGAAAGCUAAGCCCGCAAAUGGUUUGGUCCGGAAACAGCCAAAGGUAUCUACGAAACCCGACUUCACUCCUAUGAAAAGCCUUGUAGAUAUGGCGAAAUCUAUUGAAGCUCGGAAAUCCAUCACUCCAGGUCCAGUGGAAAACGAAAACGGCGACUCGGGCACAAAUUCAGUGGAUGUCCAGCUCCACAAGGGUGUUCCGACAAAGCAGACCGAUAACUUCGAGAAAGCUGUGCAGUUGCUGGUUGAGAGGAAACAAACACUAGUGAUUCGCUUCAAAGGCGACAACAUCGUGGCACUGAAAUCCUCUCUGGACUUCGACACUGAUCCUAUUUUUCCGGACGCCGCCUCUGUGGGAAGAAUUGCGGACGACGGGUUCACAUUGGGCGACCGUCUUCUGGCAACGUAUGAUGAUCGCACGUACCUGUCGGAAAUCCUGGCUAUUUGCAAUACGGUCGCUCAUGCGAUUUCUUUGAAAGAUAAAUUUGAAAAAUCUUGGGAAGACAGGACCAGUUCCGCUGAAAAGAACAAGAAAGAAACACAGGCACUACUGCGCAAUGUGGCGAAUGCCAACGGUGGUUUGUUGGCUCCUCCUCCUGAGCCACGUUCUCUGUUCCGCGCACUACCUCAGGUGCCAUCGUUAGCCGCUCCCAGUCAAACUGUUCCUUCAGCUGGUGUUAAAACGCCCGGAUUUCCAGAAAUGCGAGCUGAUAAAGAACAAAAUACAGCGGGAAAAAAUCCGUCAGACAUUUUGCCUGGAUUUCCUGAACCAUCCAAAGAACAGCCAAAGGAACGUCGUCAUAAGAAGAAAAGAAAGCGCGAUACAAGCAGUUCAUCGGAGUCGGACUCUGACGAAAGUUCUAAACGUCAUAAACGAAAGCAUCGUGAUUCAUCUAAAGGACGCGAAAAGAAACGUCGUCGAAAGCAUAAGAAGGACCGCAAACGACGAACGCCUUCGUUUUCGUCAACUUCCGGUAGCUCUAACGAAUUACUUCCAAAGAAGUCGCUUGCGGGAAAUGAAUAUCCAUAUUUGGUCAAAACUGGAAAAAAGCGUGAACUCGCCCCUUAUACUGGCGUUUUUGUGGACUGCUCGGAUCUCCAGGUGUUGGUGGAUCGUUCAAAAUCAAAGGCGAAUCUGGCCUGCAACUUGGCUACUUUCCUUCUGGGAGGAGAAGAAGGAGUCCGACGCUUUUUAUCUGAAGAGAAGCCGUCAGAGCGAGCCGGUAUCGCAAAGAUGCAUCCGAAUUUGCUGAAAGCCAUUGAGCACUUUGUUACGAAACUGAAGGUCACGCAGUGUCCUGGCGAUGUUCCUAAGAGCUUUGGACAAACAAUUGGUUCUCAUUUCUCUAAAUAUCGUGUGCAGUUUCGCAACAUGCCCGUAGCUGAAGCGGAGGACGCUAAAGAAUUGUUACCAUAAGAGUAAUUCCUGGAUAUCCAUUUUUGUUAGUUGCUGUCCUAAUCAGCAAAACACUUUAAUUCCGAAUUUCAGUUGAGUUUACUGUUGACGAGAAACGCAGUUUUUUUCGGUCAUUUAAGCUUUUAGCGUGAUUUUUAGUACAUCUGGAUUUCCAAGUUUGGUUUUGUUUUUGGUGAAACUGUCGGUGGAACUAUUAUUUUUAACGUUUUUGUUUAAUUUAACAGAUUUAUUUUUCUGGAUACCGAGUUUAUUGGGUACACACAUCGAUGUGUGUUUAGAAUACGCGCGUUGUACAGCGGUACAACGCACAAUCAUGUGUUUUGGAAGUGCAAUAAAACAGCAAUAAAAAUGAUUUUUUU